CGGGGGCAUUCCCAGAAUUAACGCCGAGGAGGGAUCAGACAUAAAUAGUUGGCAUUGGCGAGUAUCGCGUUAAGAAGAGGACCGUAAGCUGCAGACAUCCCUGAAACUCCCGAACAAGAGAAGUUUAACUUUACAAAAAAUGUCGUUGAGGAUGCUUUGGAUGUUUGUCCUUCCAGCAGCGUAUUGUUUGGAUGUCUACCUGGAGACAAAGGAGGUGACAGCUGAAAUCGGCCGCAAGCUCGUGCUGAAGUGCGGCGUUUUGGACCCCUGUGAGGAACUCGGAUUCCGGUGGGGACCGAAGGGGGACCGGCCGUUCCCGAAUUACUUCGAGCGCAAUUUGUCACGAACGCAAUCGGAACUCACCAUUGACCCUGUGACGACUGAUCACAAAGGCAAGAUCGAGUGCAAAGUAUUCUGCAAAGGAAAACUGUCCAACAACAAAGUCGCACAAGUAAAGGUGUAUUCUUUCCCCGCGGACCCCGUGGUGUCAGGGAACGACCGCUUGCGUUACGGCGAGCAGAGCGACCUCACCUGCCUGGUGCGGGGCCUCUAUCUCGGGGACAAAUUGAAGAUUGAGUGGCUUCAGGGCAAAGAAGUUCUGAAGGUUGAGAGCGAAUUUCCCGAGGAAGACGCAGCGCCGGCGCUCUCCUCCGUCUACUCCUACACUCCCAGACUAGGGGACGGAAAGACGAACAUCACGUGCAGAGCCAGCGUCCCUGUCAACCAGCAAACCAGGCACACCACGGCCAAUCUGACCGUGCACUCGCCCCCCCGCAUCACCACGGUAACGGUGUCCCCGUCCGGGGAAGUGCAGGAGGGUCAGAACGUCUCCGUCUCCUGCCGCGCAGUCAGCUCCCCGCCAGCUCGCUUCGUCCUGACGAGAGAGGGCGGCGGGGAAGAGCGCGUCUCCCAGGACGGAACAUUCUGGAUCCCGCAGGUCAAGCUGCAGGACGCCGGCCUCUACCAGCUCAACGUCUCCAACCAGCUGGGCCACGUCACUAAGCAGCUAACGCUCAACGUGACGGCGCCCCCCCGCAUCACCACGGUAACGGUGUCCCCGUCCGGGGAAGUGCAGGAGGGUCAGAACGUCUCCGUCUCCUGCCGCGCAGUCAGCUCCCCGCCAGCUCGCUUCGUCCUGACGAGAGAGGGCGGCGGCGAAGAGCGCGUCUCCCAGGACGGAACAUUCUGGAUCCCGCAGGUCAAGCUGCAGGACGCCGGCCUCUACCAGCUCAACGUCUCCAACCAGCUGGGCCACGUCACUAAGCAGCUAACGCUCAACGUGACGGCGCCCCCCCGCAUCACCACGGUAACGGUGUCCCCGUCCGGGGAAGUGCAGGAGGGUCAGAACGUCUCCGUCUCCUGCCGCGCAGUCAGCUCCCCGCCAGCUCGCUUCGUCCUGACGAGAGAGGGCGGCGGCGAAGAGCGCGUCUCCCAGGACGGAACAUUCUGGAUCCCGCAGGUCAAGCUGCAGGACGCCGGCCUCUACCAGCUCAACGUCUCCAACCAGCUGGGCCACGUCACUAAGCAGCUAACGCUCAACGUGACGGCGCCCCCCCGCAUCACCACGGUAACGGUGUCCCCGUCCGGGGAAGUGCAGGAGGGUCAGAACGUCUCCGUCUCCUGCCGCGCAGUCAGCUCCCCGCCAGCUCGCUUCGUCCUGACGAGAGAGGGCGGCGGCGAAGAGCGCGUCUCCCAGGACGGAACAUUCUGGAUCCCGCAGGUCAAGCUGCAGGACGCCGGCCUCUACCAGCUCAACGUCUCCAACCAGCUGGGCCACGUCACUAAGCAGCUAACGCUCAACGUGACGGCGCCCCCCCGCAUCACCACGGUAACGGUGUCCCCGUCCGGGGAAGUGCAGGAGGGUCAGAACGUCUCCGUCUCCUGCCGCGCAGUCAGCUCCCCGCCAGCUCGCUUCGUCCUGACGAGAGAGGGCGGCGGGGAAGAGCGCGUCUCCCAGGACGGAACAUUCUGGAUCCCGCAGGUCAAGCUGCAGGACGCCGGCCUCUACCAGCUCAACGUCUCCAACCAGCUGGGCCACGUCACUAAGCAGCUAACGCUCAACGUGACGGGUAAGCUAACGCUCAACGUGACGGCGCCCCCCCGCAUCACCACGGUAACGGUGUCCCCGUCCGGGGAAGUGCAGGAGGGUCAGAACGUCUCCGUCUCCUGCCGCGCAGUCAGCUCCCCGCCAGCUCGCUUCGUCCUGACGAGAGAGGGCGGCGGCGAAGAGCGCGUCUCCCAGGACGGAACAUUCUGGAUCCCGCAGGUCAAGCUGCAGGACGCCGGCCUCUACCAGCUCAACGUCUCCAACCAGCUGGGCCACGUCACUAAGCAGCUAACGCUCAACGUGACGGGGCGGUACGAGGCCAGCACCCUCCUGAUCAAGGUCCUGGUGCCUGCCAUCGGCGGGGUAGCCAUGGUAACCACCGGCGCCAUGGUAACGAUGCGGCACCUGAGGAAGAUGAAGGCCUACGAGCUGACGAAGGACACGCUGUCCAUGCUGUAGCCGUGUGGGGCCGUCCCUCAGGCAGCGCCUCCUGCAACAGCGCCACCGUGUGGCAGACUGGCAGUGCUGCAAGCCAGCGGGGGGGGGGGGGGGCAUUCUGGUUCCACGCAGGCCAGGGCAGGUGAACCUGACCGUUCACAAGGACAUGACGAGGAACUUCCUGUGAGUGGCAGUGGAUUAAAAUUGUCUGCUGAAUGACCCUCUUCAAACAUGAAGUUAAAAGACUUCAUCUACUACUGAAACUCACAAUGUUGGUCUGUCACACUGCAACAAAAUGGCCACAUUACAUUAGGAACAGUCUGGGAAUGUUUUGGGAAUCAAAUGUUGCAUUUACAUUUGUUCAAUAAUUGAUUUUAAAUCUCACCAUCAGUCCUGGAGGGCCGCAGUGUCUGCAGGUUUAACUCCAGUCCUGGAGGGCCACAGUGUCUGCAGGUUUAACUCCAGUCCUGGAGGGCCGCAGUGUCUGCAGGUUUAACUCCAAUCCUGGAGGGCCACAGUGUCUGCAGGUUUAACUCCAGUCCUGGAGGGCCAGUGUCUGCAGGUUUAACUCCAGUCCUGGAGGGCCGCAGUGUCUGCAGGUUUAACUCCAAUCCUGGAGGGCCGCAGUGUCUGCAGGUUUAACUCCAGUCCUGGAGGGCCACAGUGUCUGCAGGUUUAACUCCAGUCCUGGAGGGCCGCAGUGUCUUCAGGUUUAACUCCAGUCCUGGAGGGCCACAGUGUCUGCAGGUUUAACUCCAGUCCUGGAGGGCCACAGUGUCUGCAGGUUUACCUCCAGUCCUGGAGGGCCGCAGGGUCUGCAGGUUUAACUCCAGUCCUGGAGGGCCGCAGUGUCUUCAGGUUUAACUCCAGUCCUGGAGGGCCACAGUGUCUUCAGGUUUAACUCCAGUCCUGGAGGGCCACAGUGUCUGCAGGUUUAACUCCAGUCCUGGAGGGCCGAAGUGUCUGCGGGUUUAACUCCAGUCCUGGAGGGCCACAGUGUCUGCGGGUUUAACUCCAGUCCUGGAGGGGGCGCUGUGUCUGCAGGUUUAACUCCAGUCCUGGAGGGCCGCAGUGUCUGCGGGUUUAACUCCAGUCCUGGAGGGCCACAGUGUCUGCAGGUUUAACUCCAGUCCUGGAGGGGGCGCUGUGUCUGCAGGUUUAACUCCAGUCCUGGAGGGCCACAGUGUCUGCAGGUUUAACUCCAGUCCUGGAGGGCCACAGUGUCUGCAGCGCAUACUAUGCAAUAUGAUCAGUUACUCAUGAGAAGAAUGCACUGAGCCUAUGAAGAUUAUAUAUAUAUUUUUUAAUGAAUCAAGAGUCCUCUUGAAAAGGGUUUAGAAUAAAUCUCAGUGAAACAGUGAGUCUCCUGUCAGCUGUACAGCUCCACAACUGAAAGGGGGGGUCAGUUGAAAUUGUACUUACCUCUAGGGUCUUUCAGCGAACUUAUCCCUGGUUAUGGGUAUGCACUUUGUUGUACGUCGCUCUGGAUAAGAGCGUCUGCCAAAUGCCAAUAAUGUAAUGUAAUGUAAUGUCACCUAUCUUGUGUGUGGCUCCUUUAUUUGGGCAUGGGAGUGUGGAGGGUAUCAGAUUUUAAAAAUAAUUUCAUCAGGAAAUAUGACCAAAGAACACCUGCAGUAUCAGCCCAUCCAAAAAAAUUUUUUUGGCAAAUUUCUUACAGUGUAAAUAAUUGUACAUAUAGUAUAAAUGUGUGUUUGUGUGUGUAUAGGUUUGUACAGUAUAAUGUGUUUUGUCUAAAUAAACUUAAAAUAAAGCCAGUGCUUUUUUGUCCAGUGUCCCUGAGGGCAGUAAGGCAGCCUUUUCAAUAAAGAGCCUUUUCA